AUGGACGAAAAGGAUAAUAGGACUUCUAAUAGUCCAGAACGUCCAAGUGCUGACGCAGUUGACGAAUCAUCAAACACAACAGACAAUGUCAAAAUAUACCCGCCAAAGAAGGUUGUCCUCCCAACCAUGGUCGCCCUGUUCCUCGUAUUCUUCCUAGUCGCAUUGGAUCGAACCAUCAUAGGUACAGCUAUACCAACUAUAUCCGCCGAGUUUGACAGCUUUGGAGACAUCGCCUGGUACGAAUCGGCCUUCCUCCUUCCUCUCUGCGUGUUCCAGCUUUCUUUCGGCCUGGUAUUCAAGUACUACUCCACCAAAUGGAUCCUGUUUAUUCUUACUGCUAUCUUCGAAAUUGGAUCUAUUGUUUGCGCUGCAGCACCCAAUUCGAAUGCUUUGAUCGUUGGACGAGCCAUUACGGGUAUUGGUGGUGCUGGUAUUGGCUCCGGUGUGUUUAUCUACAUCACUCUCCUGUUCCCUCUCGAAGAACGACCCAAGUAUCUUGGAUCAUUGGGCUCCGCCUUUGGAAUAUCUUCCAUCUUGGGUCCGAUUCUUGGAGGCUACCUUACAUCCAUUAGCUGGCGUUGGUGCUUCUGGAUCAACGUCCCAAUCGGCGCUCUUUCACUCAUCCUUCUGUUCAUCCUCGCUCCUGACAGACCAUCUCCUGUCAAGCCAGCCGCGACAUGGCGUCAGAAGUUCCUCGAUCUGGAUCCAGUGGGCUUCCUGCUGAUUGCAAGCUCAAUUGUCAGUCUUCUGUUCGCUCUUGAAUUCGGGAAAGAGGAUAGAGCAUGGUCGACGGGACGUGUCAUUGCGCUGUUCGUCGUCUUUGCAGUUCUUCUUGUUGCAUUCGCUGCAUACCAAGUCUGGCGUAAUGAAAAGGCGACCAUUCCUCCGAGAAUCCUGUGUCAACGAACGGUGCUGGCUGCAUGUCUCUUUAACUUCUUCAUGGGUACCGUACUGGUCAUUUAUGCCUUCUACAUUCCCGUCUGGUUUCAGGUUGUCAAGGGCAAAUCGCCUCAGGAUUCUGGCAUCGCUCUACUACCUUUGCUGCUUAGCAAUGUGGUGUUUGUUAUUGUCGGUGGUAUUUUGGUUAGCGCAAUCGGAUAUUUCACGCCGUUUGCCAUCGUUGGAAGCGCAACACUUAUUGUUGGCGGUGCCCUUAUCACAACCUGGACAGCAGAUGAAAGUCAGGGCAAAUGGGUCAGAUACCAGAUAAUUGCCGGUACAGGCAUGGGACUGGCAUUGCAACAACCAGCCAUUGCAGUCCAGACUGUGCUAUCAGAAAGCGAUAGUACAGUCGGUCUUUCCAUCCUUAGCUUUCUCGGCUUUCUUUCGGGAACAGUAUUCAUUACCGUUGCUCAAACUUUACUUCAAGGACAGCUCGACAGCAGGAUCUCGCAAAAGUUUCCUGAAAUCAACACAGAACAACUAAGCAAUAGCGGAGCUGCAAGCAUUAGAAACUUGGUGUCCGAGGACAAGAUGGAUAUCGUAUUAGAUGCGUACAAUGACUCCAUGAGGUCAAUCUGGUAUCUUGCUCUUGCCAUGGGUGCUGCUUCUUUGGUGGUAUCUUUGGCCUUUGAGUGGAAGAAUGUCAAGGCAAAUAAGAAGAAAGAAGAGGCGAAGGAGGAAUCUUCUGGUUCAGUUUCGGUCUAG